AAUAACUUGAAUACACUAUUACAAUCAAGUAGACCUCUAAUGUCAUCACGAAUUAUUAGUACCACUUUUUGAUGAUUAAUCCAUAGGCUUGCCGGCUUAACCUGUGAAAAAAUCAACGGUAUAGCCAAGGGAUCUGGUUAUGAGAUUGGUGAUGAUCUCGUCAACGGAAAAAAAUCGAAUAAGUUCAGACACGCCUGGAACCGGAUCAAGAUAUCAAACACAUGGUUUCUAUGUGAUGCCACCUGGGCAUCUGGAUACCCAAAGAGAGUGAAUGGAAACUACCAACACAUAUUCCACUGGAAUGAGGGUUACUUCUUAGUUCCGCCAGAAACGAUGCGUUACUCUCACAAACCAUACGACAGUACCUUCACAAUGCUUGAACAGUCGAUAACUGACCUAAAUCAAUGGACAAACGAGGCACGUGUGUUUCCUUCAUGCUGUUUGUAUAAGAUGUCAAGUGUUACACCACCUCUCACUAAUGGGUGCAUUAAAACGGAUUCGAAUAGAGUGGAACUCCAAUUUCGCAGUACUUUUAACAUGAACUUAAGAUAUACCUUGAUAGAUGACGCAACAGAUGAAAACGUAGAGAAUUCAGUAGCAUCUUUUACAAACAAGAAGUUAACAACGCUGUUUGUACGUCUUCCGCUAGCUGGGUUGUAUAGUGUUGUGUUAUUUGGUGAGCCCGUUCACUUGUCUGAUUGUUCAAAGGAAAUGAGCCAGGAUAUGUUAUUGAGCUUUAAGGUACACACGACAUGCGACAAUGGUUCGCAGCCAUUUCCAGACUUCACUCAUCUCUUAGGAUCACUUCCCGCUUUUACAGAUGCUGGGUUUAGAUCCUCUGUCAACUUCCCUAUCAUUGAAACAGAAGAUGGGUAUGCUAGGUUUACAGUUAACAGACCAGGAGGAGAGCCAAUACGAUUCAAAUUUAGAUACGCAAAUGGAACUGAACUUGAUGAGUACAUAUUUGGAGAUACCUAUCCAGAAAAAGUCGUCUUUAAUAUUAGAUGUCCGAAGAAGGGGGAAUAUUCGUUGAUACUUUUUGCCAGAUUUAACGAUGAUCUUGUUGAUAAAACUAAAUUUAAGCCAGGUGCAACAUAUCUGAUACUGAACAAGAAUGAGCGAGGAACACCCAUACUACCAUACCCCUCUAAAGUACAAUGGGGACCAACUGACAACUUGUCAAAUUUCAACAUAUCGUUACAGCCCCAAAAAGGCGCUGAAAUAACAUGCAAUAAAGAAGAGGCCACUUUCGAACUAGGUCUAAGUUCUAAUGAACAGAUCAAUAUUUCUUACAAAUUUAAUACCAAGGAAGAUAAAGCAAUAACAAGUAGGUGGGUUUGUGCCGAAAACAACUGGCGUGAAAAAGAUGUGAUUUUGCGAUUUCGAUUUCGUGCACCCGUUUCUGGAUUUUACGAAUUUAAUAUAUUUGCGGGAAAAGUUGGUGCAAAAUCUAAUGAUUGUAUAGGAAGUUGGUUAAUUAACGUUGUUAAUCCGUAUGAGGGAGACUUGUUCAUUGGCAGUACAAAUGUACCAUGGGGACCUAACGUUACCAAAAUGAAGGCAAAUGAUUUACAAGUUCUAUCACCAACAUCUUCUACAAUUUACUCAAGUGAAGAAGAGUCCACGUUGAUUAUCGCAUCGAAGAUAAAAAGGCGUACAGGAAUUAUUUUCAAUCUGAAAAAUGAUUCAGGUAAUGAUAUGUACGAGUACGUUUUAGCAGAUUCUGUUAAACAAAAUGACGAAACGGUUUUAUACAAAAUUCGAUUUCAUCCACCAGAGUCGGGAUUUUACAGUUUUGAUCUAUUUUGUGUAAGUGGCGGUCAUCUAGGUAGUUGGAUGAUAGAUGUUCGGAAAUCGAAAAAACUGGAACUUCCAUCGAAUGAUAAAAGACCCUGGGGUCCUGUACAAAACUUCUAUGACUAUGGAUUCUUAGUAGUAGAGCCAGAGUCAGCCAUUCUUACCACUACUUUGUCAACUGAGUCAAAAUUAACUAUUGCUACAGAUCAAGGGAAAAUACUUGGAAAGUUACAUUUCCAGGAUCAAGAGGAUAAUUUAAAGGAUUGCUUUGAUAUUGAAUACUUCACAAACGAUGAGAAAUUGAAGAAAAUUGUUAUAACGUUCAAGUUACCCCAGAAAGGCUAUUAUAAAUUUAGUUUAUAUGUAUCAAGUUCAGGGCAGGGCAUGUUUGAUUACGGUGGAGGUUGGCUGUUACAUUGUGUAUGAGAAAAUCCCCGAUCACGCCCAUCGCCAAUGACAUACCAAGUAAAACAGUAGUGUGUGUGUGCGCGUGCAUGAGUGCCAACGAAAAUUGCUUGUAGGCCGCAAUUGUAUUUACUUAUUUUUUAUUGGCUCCAUUUUACCACCAUAAUGUUGUCUGUGUAUAUAUAUUCUAUACUGACCAACCGCUCAAAGUUAUCAGUAAAUUAACUAUUUUGAGUGUUUCAUUCACAGUAUAGGGACCUCCCUUAGUAGGACCACAUGUCUAUAAUAUCCAAUAUUAUUAUUAGUUUUUGAAAAACUCAUUAAAUUAUCUUCUUGUUUCGUUCAUUUUUCAUGUGAAGGAUGAAAUAAGUUCUGGUUGUAUCUGACAUGUAUACAUAAGAAAUUUAAUCUGAAAUUGAACUUCAUUCUUCAGAUUAUUGAUUUUAAAUUUGUAUUUGUCAGGACCAAUUGCCAAACAUAUUUAUGCUUUACUCAUAUUACGUACAUUUGGCAUAACUUACUUAUCAAUUAUAAAGGCAUUACAAUUUAUAAUUUAAAUUUAAUAUUUUUAUAUGCUUAAUUACUAAAGACUAGACUUUUUGAUGCUCAUAACUUUGAUGCAAUUUGAAAAUAUUCUUAUACAAGAUGUUUAAUAGUACUGUACUAUAUAUAUUAUAUCCAUGUUCCCUUGAUUUGAAGGUACUCUCCUUAAAAGUAAUUCACUUUAGUUUUAGGUUAUCCCAGACCGCUCUUGCCUAAUUUUACGAUGGCAAAAUAAAGUAUUAGAACAUAAUUUCCUGAAAUUAAACUUCCGUUUACAAACAAUAAAUACACAUUGAGCCUUGUCUCAUCAGAAUAAUGAUUAUUUUAUUUAAAAGUGAUUUUAUAUAUAUGUUUUAAAAUGACAAACAUUAUCCUGUACAGAAAAAACAAAUUGUAAAAUUAUCUGUUCAGAACGUUAGUAAUUCCCAUCUAAACAAAUGGUGUAUACUGUCCUACAUAUUUACUAAUUAUCAUUAUCAUGUUACUCCAAUUUUGAUACAUUGAUUAUACUACAUAACGGUGCUUUUAAAAAAGUGGAGGGGAUGGUCUCCUGGUGGACUGAACAAAUCAAAUAAUAAUAAUGAUGAUGAUGAUGAUGAUGAUAAUGAUAAUAAUAAUGAUGGUCGACUGAAGGUGGACACACAACAACACAUUUUUUAUUAAUGAUCUGUACCAUGGAGGUAUAAAAACAUGGUCGUACGAUGCCAUCUUAUUAAUAAUGCCAUCUUAUUAGGCGCAUGUAUCCAUCUCUCUGUAGAGCUGCUUGCGGCGCCGUUUUCUACCUGCAGAGUGUACAUGUAGCCUUUUUUCUGCAUUAUUAUUUUGAAUUAAUUAAUUUUAUUUAAAUUAUUUAUUUAUUUUUAUGUAUAUUUAUUUAUGACAGACCUGACAUGGAUGGGAAAGAUGGGCAAAAUAAGAUGGAAAUACUCUUCGGGGUCACCAUCCAUCACCACCCUGGCACAUUCCCGCAGUGCGUGCCCAGCUUCAUAGAGCACACAUUAUGGAAAACUCUAUUCGCUUAAAUGUAACUGUUAUAUCUGUGUAAUGUGUUUACUUGCCCAUAUGAAAGGAUGAAUAUAUAAGUAGGAACGUAUGUGUAUAACAUACUAGCCUGAUAAAGGCCAAUGGCCGAAAAUAUUGGUAGAUAUAGGCUUACGAUAAAAUGAGCCAAUUUGAAUACUGUGAGUUCCUGAGUUGUAUUUGCUGUAUCUACACUUUGCAACUGGUCUUAAAAAAGAGAACUAUAGAGGGUUAUAUACUCCAUCACCAAACACUGAUGCAUCAUUCCAGUCUUAUAUCCAAGUUAAGGUAAAGCUUUUAAAUUCAUUAUUGAGUUGUUU